GUGAACCCCGCGCCCGGGGCCGCGCACGCCCCCUCCGCCAGCCGGGACCUCGGGCCGCGCGCACCGGCGCCCCCUCCCUGCCCGGCAAGAGCGCGCGCUGACUCCCGCUCUCGCUCCCGCUCCCGCUGGCAGCGGCGGCGACGGCGGGGAUUGUUUUUGUUGUCGCUGAGGCCGGAAGAACUGCGAGAGCCGGGUCCCUGUCCCCGGGCCGGGCGCCGCCGCCGCCCCCUACCCUGCGCCCGCGUCUCCGCGGCGCCGCUCCAGCGCCAAUAUUCCGGAGAUCAAGCGUUACGCGGCGGCGGCGGCGGCGGCGGCGGCGGCGGCGGGGCCCGGAGCGGGAGGCGCCGGGGACCGGGACGAGGCGGCCCCCGCCGCCGCCAUGGAGGCUCUGGGACCCGGACCUCCAGCCAGCCUCUUCCAGCCGCCUCGCCGUCCUGGUCUUGGAACUGUUGGAAAACCAAUUCGACUGUUAGCCAAUCAUUUUCAGGUUCAGAUCCCUAAAAUAGAUGUGUAUCACUAUGAUGUGGAUAUUAAACCAGAAAAACGGCCUCGUAGAGUCAACAGGGAGGUAGUAGACACAAUGGUGCGGCACUUCAAGAUGCAAAUAUUUGGUGAUCGGCAGCCUGGGUAUGAUGGCAAAAGAAACAUGUACACUGCACACCCACUGCCAAUUGGACGGGAUAGGGUUGACAUGGAGGUAACCCUUCCAGGCGAGGGUAAAGACCAAACCUUCAAAGUAUCUGUUCAAUGGGUAUCAGUUGUAAGUCUUCAGUUGCUUUUAGAAGCUUUAGCUGGGCACUUGAAUGAAGUCCCAGAUGAUUCAGUACAAGCACUUGAUGUUAUCACAAGGCAUCUUCCCUCUAUGAGGUAUACUCCGGUGGGCCGUUCUUUUUUCUCACCUCCUGAAAGUUACUACCACCCUCUGGGAGGGGGCAGAGAAGUUUGGGUUGGCUUCAUCAGUCCGUGAGACCUGCUAUGUGGAACAUGAUGCUCAAUAUUGAUGUAUCUGCAACUGCUUUCUACCGGGCUCAGCCUAUCAUUGAGUUCAUGUGUGAGGUUUUAGACAUUCAGAACAUUAAUGAACAGACCAAACCUCUAACCGACUCCCAGCGUGUCAAGUUUACCAAAGAAAUC